CGUCGCGAUCUGGGGCCCCUGCCAGUGACUGGGACCCCACGCCUUCCCCUCCCCCGCUUGCCGCCCCUCCCCUCCGGUGCCCCUGGGAGCGUCUCUGCGGCUCCAGGGAGGGGACGUUUCCUAAUCUCAGGCCGGGGUUAAAGUUCUGGUCCUGGUGAGAUGGUGGAAGCUGCGGCCGGAGCCGCAACCUGUCCCGGAGGUGUCUUGUCGCCUGUCGCUGCCGCCGCCACUGCCGCCCUGCUGGGGCCAUGUUCGUUCUGGGCUUGCCCUUCUUGGCGCUUUUGGUGGCUUCGGGCGACAGCCAUCCGGGGCUUCUGGGGCCCAAGAACGUCUCGCAGAAAGACGCGGAGUUUGAGCGCACGUACGUGGAUGAGGUCAACAGCGAGCUGGUCAACAUCUAUACCUUCAACCAUACUGUGACCCGCAACCGGACAGAAGGUGUGCGUGUGUCUGUGAAUGUCCUGAACAAACAGAAGGGAGCUCCUUUGCUGUUUGUGGUCCGCCAGAAGGAGGCUGUGGUGUCCUUCCAGGUGCCCCUAAUCCUGCGAGGGCUGUUUCAGCGCAAGUACCUCUACCAAAAGGUGGAACGAACACUGUGUCAGCCCCCAACCAAAAAUGAGUCUGAGAUCCAGUUCUUCUACGUGGACGUGUCCACCCUGUCACCAGUCAAUACCACGUACCAGCUCCAGGUCAGCCGAAUGGACAACUUCGUGCUCAGGACUGGAGAGCACUUUAGCUUCAAUACCACAGCAGCCCAGCCUCAGUACUUCAAAUAUGAGUUCCCAGAAGGAGUGGACUCGGUGAUUGUCAAGGUGACCUCCAACAGGGCCUUCCCCUGCUCAGUCAUCUCUAUCCAGGAUGUCCUGUGCCCUGUCUAUGACCUAGACAACAAUGUAGCCUUCAUCGGCAUGUACCAGACUAUGACCAAGAAGGCAGCCAUCACUGUGCAGCGCAAAGACUUCCCAAGCAACAGCUUCUACGUGGUGGUGGUGGUGAAGACAGAAGACCAGGCCUGUGGGGGUUCCUUGCCUUUCUACCCCUUUGGAGAAGAUGAACCAGUUGAUCAAGGGCACCGCCAGAAAACCCUGUCAGUGCUGGUAUCUCGAGCAGUCACAUCUGAGGCCUAUGUGAGUGGGAUGCUCUUUUGCCUGGGCAUAUUUCUCUCCUUCUACCUUCUGACCAUUCUUCUGGCCUGUUGGGAGAACUGGAGGCAGAGGAAGAAGACCCUUCUGGUGACUGUGGACCGAGCCUGCCCAGAAAGCGGUCACCCUCGGGUCCUGACCGACUCCUUCCCUGGCAGCUCCCCUUAUGAGGGUUACAACUAUGGUUCAUUUGAGAACUGUUCCGGAUCCACUGAGGGGCUGGUUGACAGCAUGGAUACUGGAGACCUCUCCUGCAGUUACCAGGGACACGACCAGUUCAAGCGGCGCCUUCCCUUUGGCCAGAUGCGGCAGCUGUGCAUUGCCAUGGACCGCUCUCUUGACCCUGUGGGCACGCGGCCACGACUAGACUCCAUGAGCUCUGUGGAGGAAGAUGAUUAUGACACAUUGACUGACAUCGAAUCAGACAAGAACGUCAUUCGCACCAAGCAAUACCUCUAUGUGGCUGACCUGGCACGGAAGGACAAACGUGUUCUGCGGAAAAAGUACCAGAUCUACUUCUGGAACAUUGCCACCAUUGCUGUCUUCUAUGCGCUCCCUGUGGUGCAGCUGGUGAUUACCUACCAGACGGUGGUGAAUGUCACAGGGAAUCAGGACAUUUGCUACUAUAACUUCCUCUGUGCCCACCCACUGGGCAACCUCAGUGCUUUCAACAACAUCCUCAGCAACCUGGGGUACAUCUUGCUGGGGCUGCUCUUCUUGCUAAUCAUCCUACAACGGGAGAUCAACCACAACCGGGCCCUGCUGCGCAACGACCUCUAUGCCCUGGAGUGUGGGAUCCCCAAACACUUUGGCUUGUUCUACGCCAUGGGCACAGCCCUGAUGAUGGAGGGCCUGCUGAGUGCUUGCUAUCACGUCUGCCCCAACUACACCAACUUCCAGUUUGACACAUCAUUCAUGUACAUGAUUGCUGGGCUCUGCAUGCUGAAGCUCUACCAGAAGCGGCACCCGGACAUCAAUGCCAGUGCCUAUAGCGCCUAUGCCUGCUUGGCAGUUGUCAUCUUCUUCUCUGUGCUGGGCGUGGUCUUCGGCAAGGGAAACACGGCAUUCUGGAUUGUCUUCUCGGUCAUUCACAUCAUUGCCACCCUCCUCCUCAGCAUACAGCUCUAUUACAUGGGCCGCUGGAAGCUGGACUCGGGAGUUGGUCGUCGGAUCUUCCACGUGCUCUACACAGACUGCAUCCGGCAGUGUAGUGGGCCUCUGUACACGGACCGCAUGGUGCUGCUGGUCAUGGGCAACAUUAUCAACUGGUCACUGGCUGCCUACGGACUCAUCAUGCGCCCUAAUGAUUUUGCCUCCUACUUGCUGGCCAUUGGUAUCUGCAACCUGCUUCUUUACUUUGCCUUCUACAUCAUCAUGAAGCUCCGGAGCGGGGAAAGGAUCAAGCUCAUCCCACUGCUCUGCAUCGUCUGUACUUCAGUGGUCUGGGGCUUUGCUCUCUUCUUCUUCUUCCAGGGACUCAGCACCUGGCAGAAAACUCCUGCUGAGUCAAGGGAGCACAACCGGGACUGCAUCCUCCUUGACUUCUUUGAUGACCACGACAUCUGGCACUUCCUCUCCUCCAUCGCUAUGUUUGGGUCAUUCCUGGUAUUGCUGACACUGGACGAUGACCUGGACACCGUGCAGCGUGACAAGAUCUAUGUCUUCUAGCGGGAGCCAGGCCCCUUGCUUCACUCAUGGGGCCCUGAGCUCCUCUGCCUCACUGCUGGAGUCUGUAGCACCAGGGGUGUGAGUCCCAGGCCUGCUACCCAGAGCUGGGUGGCAGCAGGACACAAAGGCCUAGGCCAGACCUGGCCCCGGACAGUCACGGGGUGGCCUUCAGCCUUGCGGCUGUGCUCUGCCGGGGAGGAUGGCUGCUCCCCCAAAAUCCCAGCUGUUGGCCAAAUUGCUGCUUUUUUUAAUCAGUGUUGGGGCCUUUCAAGGCCCCUGUCCUUGGCUCUCCAUUUGUCCUUCUACAGGAGAAAGUGGGGGAAGUGUUGCCCUGCUCAUCUCAUGCCUUGACUUCUACCUGUCUUUCCCUUCUCCCCCAGCCUGGGGCCCAAAGCCCUUCAUUCCUCAGUCUGGGGCCCGAUUCUUUGGCCUGUCCUAGGGCUCCACUUCUAUUUGGGGUUGUACCGGCCUGCCAUCACUGCCCGCUCUGGUCAGCCAGGAUAGAUGGGAUGUAGGACUUUGGGAACUGUCCAGGCUUAUGGUGCUAAAACCUCCAAAGGGCCCUGGAUGGCUCUUUGGCAGUGAGGAUCAGCUCAAUAUGUGAGAACUGCCUUUGAACUAAGGGGCCAAAAUCAGAGGUCACUGUCCUGUUUCAUCAGCCCCCAGACUGAUGCUAGCCCCAGGAUUGGAAAGAAAAAGCAACUCACCCUCUUCCUUCCUUUUUCUUUCCAGGCCCUUAGUCCUGCCAAGCCCCAGCUGGGGGUCUUUCAGUGCCAUUGACAUUGCCCAAGAAUGUCCGGGGCAAAGGAGGGAGGAUACAAAGAGCCCAGCCCAAUCUGCCUCCUCCACCGUCACAGGAGCCCCAGUGCCUAUCAUAGAAAGGGGCUCAAGAAAGGGACAUGACAUUUCCCUCUGUCCCUGCUCGUCCGAGCCUCACUCUAGGACCCAGGGCUGGCUCCUGAGUUCCGUCCAGUCUUCAGCCCAGUUUUUUGUUGGCCACACACAUGCGUACAUAUGAACCUUGGAGUUUACAAUGAGUCAUCCUAGCUUGGGGACCCCUGGUGGCUCUGGUUCUGGGGUCCCCUUUGUCCUACCUGGUCCAUUCCAGAUGUCAGGGUUGGGAGGUCAGGUCAGGCCCCUGCCUCGCAGAUGGGAAUGUGGGGGAACGUUUUAUUCUCCCCAGUUUGUUUAUAUAGCCCUCCUGUGGGCUGGGGAGAGGAGGUGGGCCUGGAUCUUUCUUCAAAACUCCAUUUAAUGUUUGUCUCCCUGCUAUGGUUGCAUUUCUGUUUUCUAUGAAUGAGUCUGCAUUCAAUUAAAGA